GCAACCGAGAAUAAUUGCAUAACUAAUAAUAUUAGAAAGUCAAGUCAAAACAUUACAAGUCUUCAAAAUGAAGGUGUUGGGUGCGUUGCUUUUCCUGCUUUCCAUUGAUUCAAUCUUCUGUUUUGAAGACUACACGGAUCGAUAUUUAUUAAAUUGCACAACACGUAAUGAAGCGCUCAAAGAGAUAACUAAACAACGGCAAACCAGUUCUGAUCUUAAGUGCUAUUACCAUUGCUAUUUUGAGUCAAAAGGAGUAAUGGUCAAUGGCAAGAUCGUUCGUAACCCUUUUAAAAAAACUCUAGAGGAUGCGAAAAAGGUUGAACCAUGCUUGGCUAUCGAGAAUCCCAACAAGUGUGAGCUGGCGUACAAUCUCAUCCAAUGUUUCACUAAGCAACUCGGCAUUUUCGUUCUCUUAAAACAGUGAUAAUUUUAAGGUCAAAUGUCUCGACAGUCAUUUAUUUCCAGCUCUGUAAUGUGGAUUCACUUCUGUCUUUAAAAUAAAAAACUAAUGAAUCCAAAA